AGCUCGCAAUAGGUAUCUAGUUGUGUCGUGCGAUGAAGAGUGGUGCUUUGUUAAAAAGUUCUCGGGAAAUCAGUUACGGGCUUCAUCCUAUAAAGUUAAACGAAGCGAGUGUUACCGUGUUCCGUAUGAUAAAAUGUGUUGCGAAAGGCCUUUAGUGUACUCCGACCCAGACCAUGAGUCUGAUGACGAAUGUGUUCAUUCACCAACUUAUAGUGGUCCCCCAGCACCUUCAAGCAUUCCUGCAACAUUGACUACGCCAGAAAGUGUAGAACCAGUUCCAAUUAUUGUGUAUGAGCCGGAUAUGACGUCAUCAUUUUGUGAACCCCCCCAAGUACACGUGUCUCCAGAAACAAGUUCUAUGAGUAUGACCUCGCCCGGUUACACUGAGCCAGCGCAAAGACCUCAACGCUCACGACAGCCUCCAAAAUAUCUUGAUGAUUAUGUAUUAGAAUGAUUAGAGUGGUGCAAGUUUGUUUGUCAUGUUCAAUAGUGUUUGGUUCUCUUAGUAUAUAUGACUGACUUGUUCAAUGAUUUCUUAUCCUUGGUUUUAUGAUGCAAAUUCUAAAUAUGCAAGAUACAUGUUAUGUACUUAAUAGUUGUAGAAGUUAAAUAUUGUGUUUCUAUCAUUAGACAUUUUUAAUCUAUUGGGUUUAAUUUUCUAAUCCUGUACUGAUUUUGUAUGUGUUAUUAUAUGAAGUAUGAGUUGUGUUCAUUUGAAGGAAAAGAGGUUCCGCCAGUACAUAAUUAGUACGAGUUCUCUCCCUUACACCACUGUUAUGUUAUCAUGGUAUAUUCCCAUGAGUUACUCCCCUUUGUUGGAAGUUGGCCAUUGAAACUGCGUUUUUCACCAAAUUGUUGUAUCCACUUGAGAGUUAAAUAAACCAGUUCAUCAUUGACUAUCUGGCAGUUAUUCCUUACUGGCGCUAUGACUCUUACUGACCCAGUAUGGUAUUCUUCAGUGUCAGUAAAUUAAGUUUGGAUUAGAGUGUAGCCACCAUGUGGGACUAUGAAAAUAUGUGGGAAUCAGGUCCCAAGUGGACCAUCCAAAAGGAGAAAGAAAAGUAAGAAAAUGAAAUUUCGGAGACAGUUUGUAUCGAUGACAUCCCUUAUUCAGUUAGAUAAUAACAGUAACAAUACUGAACAAACCUCUGCUGGAAAAUUCAAAGCAGAUUCAUCAGAGAGUAAUCUAUUUAUACGAGAUCUAUAUAAACCUGCUCGCCAAAUAGACUGUGAAUCUGCCUCUAUGCCCAAACUGCCACAGCUUUCUUACAAAUGUUCAACACCUACACCAUCAGUUUCUUCAACAAGGACAUGCGAUAGCUCUCUUAGGUCUUCAAUCGGUUGUCGUUUACCUGUCACACUUCCUGCCAGUUUGCAACCAGCCGCACACGAGAGGCGGAAAAAACUGCCACUACUAGCUGCCAUAAAACCUGAAAAUGAAAAAAGUGAAAGAGACAGAUUCAUUCGUUCUAAUUUUAAUUACAAUCCUGUUUUUAUUUAUCGUUUUCCUGCGGAGGAGGAUAUUUUGGACAAACUUGGAAAGCCCUCUGACAAAUAUCUCAAUAUUGCCAUACUUAUAAUGGAAAAGGCCAUGGAGCGCUAUGGAAGUUAUGAACAGUUUGAAGAACAGACGGGCAGGAAAAUUCUGCAGCGCUCCCAAAUAAUGGCCCUAAUACAGCGUUACCUCAAACGUGACGAGGUUGAAAGGGAGAUUAUGAUCAAUCUCUCGGAGGACCUUCUGUCUAGAGGGUCCAUGACCAGGGUGAAAGGAAAGCCAACACUUAAUGUCCGCAUCGUAAAUUUACGUGAAUUAUGGGUGGAAGGACUUCUCCGGCAUGAGAUAGGAACACACUACUUACGGAGCUACAACAACAAAUUCCAAGAGUGGUACAACUGGAAAGUUCGCAAGGACCUCGGCAUAAAGCCAGCCAAUCCCACUGAGGAAGGUCUAGCCUCGCUGCACAGUGUGCUGCUACGGAAGGAUCCUUGCCUGUGGAGGAUAUCCCUGCUGUACUAUGUUGCCUACAAGUCAGCGUUCAUGUCCCUCAAGGAUCUGUUCCAUGACCUGAGCCAGUACGUCAGCGACCCUGUGGCACGCUGGGACUAUUGUUUGCGAGCCAAACGCGGCCAAGUAGACACGUCUAAGCCCGGUGGUUUCUGCAAGGACCAAGUGUACCUGGAAGGCGCCCUGCAGAUCCUCAAGAACCGUAGGCAGAUUGAUUUCCACCUGCUGGUGCAGCUGGGUAAGAUAUCCUGGGAGGACAUUGACAAGCUGCAGCUACUGGGUAACCUUGACGACACUAAGGUCCCGUUCUUUAUGCAGGACCUUGCAGCAUACCAUUCAUGCCUGGAUAAGAUUUGUGAAUCAAAUGGACUCACCCAAGAAGUUUUGGAGUCUGUUUGAAUGAUAUUGUAUCUCCAUAAGAGUUCUGAUGUAUACAGAUUUACAAAAAAACUUUAUUGCAAAAAGAGUAACAGUUUGUAUCAGUUCUAAAAUUUGAUUUUAAAUCCCAUUUGCCUGAUUUCUGAAAUUAGCUACUGGUAGAUUUCAGAAAAAAUACAUUUAUCUUGGUACAAAGGUAAGUGAUUUAAAAUUGUAAUAAAAUCUUAUACCCUGUCAGUUUUCUUUAUCUAAUCAAAACUGGAAUCGGUACAUAAAAUUGCUUCAAACAAUUAUGUUUGUUCUUAAGAAUAAUAUGGGGUUUUCCAAAGAUUUUGACAUCAAGAUGAAAAUUAUAUACAUGUAUGCUGCUGAGCUAAUUUUUCAAGUUAACACCCAUAACUUUAUGUAGAUGUAUAUUUUACAAUAAUUCAAGUCUUUGAUUUGGAAAGCAUUUUUCGUAGGUAUGAACAAUUCAUUAACAGCUCCGUGACUCUAAAUAAUUUACUUAUUUGUCCAGAGUAAAUUAACUCCUGUAAUUAAAUAGAAGCGACAUGGUGUGAACUAGGAAUUUGUGAUGUUCAGUGUCAGAAUAUGGCCACAUACCCUGUAUGAAUUUGGCUUAAAAAUUCAGAAAGGUUUUUUAAAUGUUCAACAGAUACAACAUUUUCCUCAGACUUAUCAAAGAGACGUAAUGAUUAAAUAGCUGCCUGCCAUGAAACAUGUGUAUACAUGUGUAACCAUAGUGCAUUUAUGUUGUUUGCUGUUGUCAUGUAUGGUACUAUAGCAUGCUGUUAACUGUGGUAACUGUUUUAGGUUUAGUAACCUGUAUCAUGGACUUGCGUCUUCCAAUCCAGUUUUGCUGAUGUUUAAAUAUUAACAAUCCUUAUAUAGAGUGCUAUUGUUUUUAAUGACAUAAGUGUACCAUUGAUUUACAUAAUGCUAAUAUUUUGUAUAUUGGAAACUUGUAAAAUGUUAAACUUUGCCUUAAAUGUAAUGUGUUGUUUGUUAUUUAGAAACUUAGAAACUGGACGUGUGGAAAGUGUUUUGAUUUUAGCGAUAUAUUACUGUAUUACAAGUAUUGUGGUACAAGUCAUACUGUCAAGUUAUUUGUCUUUACAUAAUUAUAUAUGUUAUGUGUUAGUUAACUGAACAUUGGAAAUCAAAAAUUACUUGACCACAUCUACUCUCAUAUCUCCGUACAAUACUGCUAUGCUUGCCACAUCAAUCUAUGAGAAUAGCCAGCCUGCCAAUGCCUUGUAUUAUACUGAGAUACUUUUGAUACUGUUAAACUGUAGAUUGAACCUGUCCAAAAACCGAAACUAGACCCAGCUAGUAUGAAAGUGCUCAAAACACACACAUGUUAGUAAUGAAUGAAGCAAGUACAACACUGUUAGGUUGUGUUACAAUAGAUCUUAUUGCAAGUUUAUCACAGAAACAAUUUCAGAGAGUGUUGCAAACAAAACAAACUGUCGUUCUUAUCAUAAUCAUGUAUCUUUUGCAGCAUUACUAGAAUUUAAUUAGCAGUUUCAACAAAUUAGUGUACUGGUAGCAUAUCGCCUGCUAUUUUUACAGAAAUGUCUCAAGUUGCUGAAUAACUACUAGUCAGUAUAUUGUUAAUUGAUGUUUAUAAUUAUUGACUGAAAAAUGGCAGAGAUAUGUAAACACUCAUGAAUAAAACAUACAUGCAUGUAUAAUUUAAGCUCACCUGAGCACAACAUGCUUAUGGUGAGCUUUUGUGAUCGCUUUUUGUCCGUUGUGCGUCGUGUGUUGUGCAUCGUCAACAUUCUGCCUUGUGAAUACUCUAGAGGCCACAUUUAUUGUCUGAUCUUCUGAAAUUUGGUCAGAACAUUUGUUCCAUUGAUACCUUGACCGAGUUCAAAACUGGGUACUGCUGGGUCAAAAACUAGGUCACUAGGUCAAAAAAAGAAAAACCUUGUGAACACUGUAGAAGUCACAUUUGAUGCCCAAUCUUCAUGUAACUUUGUCAAAAUGUUUGUAAAAUGAUAUGUUGGUUGAGUUCAAAAAUGGUUCCGGUCUGUUGAAAAACAUGGCCGCCAGGGGGCGGGUUGAGUUUUCCUUAUAUGGCUAUAGAGAAACACUGUGAACACUCUAGAAAUCACAAUUUUUACCCAAUCAUCAGGAAACUUGGUCAAAACAUUGGUUUCAUUGAUAUCUCGGAGGAGUUCGAAAAUGGUCCAGAUCGGUGAAAAAAAACAUGGCCGCCAGGGAGCGGGUCAGUUUUCCUUAUAUGGCUAUAGUAAAACCUAGUUAACACUCUAGAGGCCACAUUUAUUGUCUAAUCUUCAUGAAAUUUGGUCGGAAGAUUGGUCUCAAUGAUAUCUUGGAUGAGUUUGAAAAUGGUUUCGUUUGCUUGAAAAACAUGGCUGCCAAGGGGCGGGGCAGUUUUCCUUAUAUGGCUAUAUAUGGCUAUAGUAAAACCUUGUGAACACUCUAGAGGCCACAUUUAUUGUCCAAUCUUUAUGAAAUUUGGUCAGAAGAUUGGUCUCAAUGAUAUCUUGGAUGAGUUUUAAAAUGGUUACGUUUGCUUGAAAAACAAGGCUGGCAAGGGGCGGGGCAUUUUUCCUUAUAUGGCUAUAUAUGGCUAUAGUAAAAUAUUGUUAACACUCUAGAGGUCACCUUUAUAGUCCGAUCUUCUUGAAACUUGGUCAGAAGAUUCACCCCAAUAAUAUCUUGGAAGAGUUCAAAAAGGAUGCUGGUUGGUACAAAAACAUGGCUGCCAGGGGGCGGGGCAUUUUUCCUUAUAUGGCUAUAGUAUAACCUUGUUAACACUCUAGAGGCCACAUUUAUUUUCCGAUCUUCAUGAAACUUGGUCAGAAGAUUGUCCUAAUGAUAUCUUGGAUGAGUUCGAAAAAUGGUUUCAGUUGCUAAAAAAAAAACGGCCACCAGGGGGCGGGGCAUUUUUCCUAAUAUGGCUAUAUAUCAUGCUUUAGUAAAACCUUGUUAACACUCUAGAGGCCACAUUUAUUGUCCGAUCAUCAUGAAACUUGGUCAGAUGAUUUGUCCAAAUGAUAUCUUGGAUGAGUUUGAAAAUGGUUCCGGUUAGUGGAAAAACUUGGCCGCCAAGGGGGCGUGGCAUUUUUCCUUAUAUAGCUAUAGGUAAACCUUGUUUACACUCUAGAAGCCAUAUUUAUUGUACGAUCAUCAUGAAACUUUUUCAGAAGAUUUGUCCCAAUGAUAUUUUGGACAAGUUCAAAAGUGGUUCCAGUUGCUUGAAAAACAUUUUUCCUUAUAUGGACUUAUGAAUCUUAAUGAAACUUUGUCAGUAUAUUUGUUUAAAUGAUAUCUUGGAUGUGUAUGAAAAUGGUUCUGGUCUGAAAAACGUGGCUGCCAGGGUGUUUACUAGUCAUGAAAGUUGGUAAGAACAUAUUGUUCUAAUGACAUCUUGGGCUGCACAGAACAGGUCAGUUUCUUUGAAUCUCGGGUGAGCGACUUUGGGCCUUUCAGGCCCUCUUGUUCUUAUUUUCAAUAGCAAUUAUUUGACUUCCAUUAAGAAGUUUAAAUUUUAUCUGGAAUUACACUGGCACAUACAUUACCCUCUGCUCUACCCGGUAUAUGCAAUGUGCUUCAUUAAAGUUCAAUUUUUAGCUCAUCUGAGCACAAAGUGAUCAAUGGUGAGUUUUUGAUCACCUUUUGUCCAUCGUGCAUCGUGUGUCGUCAACAUUUUGUUGUUAACACUAUAGGCCUGAUCUUCAUGAAACUUAGUCAGAAGAUUUGUCCCACUAAUAUCCUGAACGAGUUCAAAAAAUGGUUCCGGUUGGUUGAAAAAUAUGACCCCAAGGGUGCGGCGUUGUUUUCUGUCUACAAUAUAUAGCUAAAGUAAAAUCUUGUUACCACUCUAGAGGCCACAUUUAUUGUUUGUCUUUAUUAAACUUGGUCAGAACAUUUUUUCUAUUUAUACCUUGGACAAGUUCGAAAAUGGUUCUGGUUUGUUGAAAAGCAUGACCACCAGGUGGGGGGUAUUUUUCCUUAUAUUGCUAUAGUCAAACCUAGUUAUCUAUCUAGUUAUUGCAAUGUGUAUACUUAUUUUACUAAUACAGUUUGAUACAUUUGUUCGUUGUGAUGUUUAUUGUGUUAUUGUUCGUUUUUGAUGUAUAAUAUAAAAGAAGUUAAAAGCAUUAUAUACCACUG